AUGGAAGCCAAAGGCGGAGAAAUUACCAUCCUGGAGGAUGAGCUAAAGAAACUACAGGGAAUUACUGAGAGUGAAAUGGCUGAGGAUGCGAUGGAAACGGAGGAAAAUGAGGAGGUCGAUCGUCGCUCAAUAUACGUCGGAAACGUGGAUUAUUCGACCAAGCCGCAUGACCUACAAGAAUUCUUUAAAGCAUCCGGGCAGAUAAACAGGAUCACCAUCAUGGUAGACAAGUGGACCGGAAAGCCAAAAGGGUACGCCUACAUCGAAUUCGCUAAUGAGGAUGCCGUGAACAACGCUCUGAUGCUAAACGACUGCGUCUUUAAGGAGCGCAUCAUUAAGGUCACUCCUAAACGGAAAAACAUCCCUGGGUUCGGCAAAAAACGCGCGGGUCACGCCAGAGGGCGUGGUCGUGGCUUCCGUGGCGGCAGGGGAGGACGAUAUCCGUCACACUACCGAGGCAGCAACCGUGGCGGUUAUGGAAAACCAUACUGA